AUGUCGAAUACCAAAGAUAAACAAAAAGCUCUCAUUGUAGCAGGGACCUACGAGAGAACGCUUUGCGGCUGGAGGGUAGAGGGCGAUGAGGCGGCAACACCUGUAUUCAACCACCCUGCUCAUCUUGGACCCAUUAAAGCAGUAGCAAUUUCCGGAAAAUAUUUGGUAUCAGGAGGGAACGAUGAAGAAAUUAGAAUUUUCAAUACUCGAAAACUUGUAGAGGUAGGCAACCUCAUGAGACACCAGGGUCCUAUCACUUCUCUCAAAUUUUUCGGGUCAUUCAAUCUGGUGAGCUCGUCAGACGAUGGGACUAUGUUGAUUUGGCGGUGCAAGGACUGGGAGUGUCUGUCUACUCUACGAGGACACAAGGGCGGAGUGAUAGACCACGACAUACACGACAGCGGAAAAGUUUUGAUCUCUUGUGGGCGAGAUAACACGAUCAGGUUGUGGGAUCUAGUCAAAGGCUCUUUGUUGCACACAAGGAAAAGAGAGUCCAAAGGGUACGGUUCGUUUCAAUGUAUUAGAUGGAUACCCAAGAGUGAGGGGUUUUGCUCCAUCAUCGGAAACUCUGUGGAAAUAUACGACGCCAAUUCUGAUACCCCGACUUCAAAUCUUGCGCAUAGUCGGACACCCUUAACAGCAACAUUUUAUGAUGCCAACACUCUGCUCACUGGUGGAGAAGACAAGAUUGUCCGUGUGUGGGAUGUGCGAAACGGGAAGACAGUCAAUCAACUGCCCCAAAUGUCGAGCAGGAUUCGAUCAAUCUCGAUUGAGUCACUGACAAACAGUGUGAUCACUGCAUGCUCAGAUGGAGACAUCCAGAUGAACUCAUGGUCGAACAGCGACAAGGUUCUGUGGAAGGAAAGCACUCGGGCAAGAAUCACAUGUGCUUGCUCUGCGAUCACUGAAGGAGCUGAGGAGGCGGCGGACGUACAGAGUGGCAUGCAAGUCGCCAUGUUGAUGCUCAUAUUUCUUCUAGGUGCUGGAUGAUGAAGAGAAAAACGAGCCAGAAAGCAAGAAACGACCCAAAGCCGCUAGCUCUAAAUUGGCCAAGAAAUCCAGAAGAUGAAACUAAUAGUUGAUAAUAGUCAUAACAAGCUCCUUUCUUGAGUGAACAUGAUAUUUUUCCAC